AUGCCAUAUCAAGUCGGUAAUUCCUCGAACGAUCCACGUGGUGCCUUGUCUGAUAGGCCAUCAUUCACUGAGGCCCUCCUUUAUCGAGAAGAUUCCUUGAUGUCUAUUCGCACCGAGUGCACAGAUGACAGUGUUGAUGUUCGUGAGGACAUGGAGGAUGGUGAUUCACUUCUCUCGCCCAUGGAUCAAGAUGCGUCGGCUUUCUAUCAGGGUUCAACAGAAAGUGAUGAAGGUGACAACGAUAGCGAUAGUGGUGCUUGGUUCUUCGUCCACAAGUAUGGCAUACGGUCAACAAGAAAUGGUAAUCCUAGGAUCCAAUGCUUGGUGAGCAACUGUCACAGGCAUAUAGCUAGCAAGUACUCGUCUACCUCUCGAUUCACCAGGCACCUUGCUAGCCAUGGCAUCAAGAAAGACGUUGGUCCUCAUAUCAAGAGUGGUGAGAAACGCAAUGGCCCCUUGGACAUGUUCGUUCAAGGAAAACGUGCUCGUACAUUCCAAGUCGAAGAGUUCCAGCGUCUGUUUGUCAAGUUUUUGGUGUCAAGCAAGUUGCCAUUUACGACUUGUGAGAAUGCUGCAUUGCAGGAGCUCCUUGAGAUGGCACGCAUUGCGCCUACUGCAUCGGCCGUACAACUCCCUUCGACGAGUACCUGUACGAGAAAGACUGAGGCUGAAUAUGAAAUGGCUCGUGAUCGAUUGAAGGAGAUGUUCAAGAAGGUGUCAGUUGUGUCAUGUACUCUGGAUGGUUGGACAAGCCCGUUCAAUCAACCAUUCCUUGCGGUGACUGCACACUGGAUUGACAAGGAGACAUGGACUCUGAAGGAGGUGAUCAUUGGCUUUGAGCCUGUCAAUGGCCCUCACACCGGUGAAAAUCUUGCUGCUGUUUUCAUUGAAGUCCUUGAAGAGCUUGACCUUGGCAAGAAGUUGUUCACCAUCACCACCGAUAAUGCCUCGAACAUGACAACCAUGGCCAAGCACGUAAUGGAGCCUUUUCGCUUGCGCCACCACAUCCCGUGCGUUGGCCACGUCUUCAACCUUGCCGUCCAAGAAAUCCUGAAGAAUGGUCUGAAAGCACAGGCACCAAACAGCGUGAUCGACCAUGACUCGUCCGAUGAGCCUGCCUCACCACUCGCAAAGCUUCGAAAAGGCAUCCUUAAGAUUCGUUCCUCCCCACAGAGGUACGCCACAUUUGAGCGCAAGCGUGCUGCCAUGGAGUGUCCACCGCUGGGCCUUACUCUUGAUGUUCGCACACGGUGGAAUUCAACAUACGACAUGUUGAAUCGUGCUGUGAAACUGAAAGAUGCGUAUAUGGCGAUGACAGUGCCUGGAUCAGAGCUUGAGGCGUUUGCGCUGUCACCAUCAGAGUGGGAACGUAUACAAGGCAUCAUUGAGGUACUAUAUCCAUUCGAGGAGAACACGACAAGGUUGUCAGCAAGCAGGUCCCAUGCCUCAGUCAACAUGACGAUCCUGUGCUAUAAUCGAAUCAUGGAUGCACUUGAGAAGAUCGAGACCAAGUCCAAGGAUCCUGAAAUCAGGCGUGCCGUCAGCUGUGGUAUCAACAAGAUGGUGCAAUAUUACAGCCGUACUGAUAUGACAGAAGUCUACGCUGUUGCAACGGCUCUCGAUCCACGAAUGAAGUUCAAGUGGUGGAAACCUCAUGGUUGGGAGAAGAAGUGGCGUGAUAUCAGUGAGAAGAUGGUACGCGAUGCAUGGUGCAGGUUUUCCGGUGUGGUGUCUAUUGAUGACGAAGUCAAUGAGAGAGCGCAAGAACUCCAGAAGCUCUUUUUGACCGAGCUUGAAACAGAUGAGCUUUCGGAGUAUGUUGGCCAGCCUACAGUUGCCCCAAUGGUGAAUCCUCAAAAAGCCGACGAGCUUAUCUUCUGGGAGGUCAAUCAAGCGCACUGGCCAAACCUUGCUGCCAUGGCAGCUCAAUAUCUGGCAGUGCCUGCUACGUCGACUCCUUCUGAAAGAUGCUUCUCAGCAACACGUCUCCUCCUCCCCCAUGUUCGCAAUCGCCUUUCUCCCUCAACGAUCAAGCAGCUAAUGCUGCUUGGUUCGUGGUUCGACAUGAACCUCCAUACAUAG